UGGUGACCGUGUUUUUGUUUUUGUUUUUUUAAACUGAGCGAGAGUCCGCGUGCCUUCGUUGCGCUUGCGCGAGUUUGUCUCGCGCAUGCGGACUAAUACCGGGAGAGUUAGGAGAGGUUGCUGCGGCUACCAGGCCAGCUGACAACUUGAGAGUCAAGCGAGGAAGGAGCGAAGAUGGCGACCCCCGCUGGCUGGGCCUCGCUCUGCGAGAAAUUCCGCAGCGCCAUCAACCUUUCCUACGUGGAGUCCAAGAAGGACCCGGAGACCGAGCCGUACCGCUCCAAGUACGGCGCGCUAGAUCUGCUCGAAGGCAUCAAGCAGCUCCUGGGCUCGGAGGAGGAGGAGGCGGGCGAGGGCGACGCUGCUGCGGGCGGCGAUGAGGCGGGAGACGGUGGGAAUGCGGCGGAGCGCCUCCGCGCGGUGCGGCUGGCCGUGGUCGAGUACGAGCUGGGAGUGAACCACAUCCACACCCAGGAGUGCUCCGCCGGCGAGGAGCACCUGGUGAAGUGCCUUCAGCUGCUGGAGCGGCACCGCCUCUCCCGAGAGUGCGUCUCCCUCUACAUACAAGCCCAGAAUAAUCUGGGAAUCCUUUGGUCAGAAAGAGAUGAUAUUAAAACUGCGCAGACUUACCUGGAAUCUGCAGAAGCAUUGUAUAAUCAGUACAUGAAAGAGAUUGGGAAUCCUCCACUUGAUUCUAGUGAACACUUCAUGACUGGGGAAGAGGAACUUACUGACCAAGAGAGGUCGAAAAGAUUUGAGAAGGUCUAUACUCAUACGCUAUAUUAUCUGGCCCAAGUCUACCAACACCUGGAAAUGAUUGAGAAGGCCGCACAGUAUUGCCACACCACCCUCAAACGGCAGCUGGAGUAUAGUGGCUAUUAUCCUGUAGAAUGGGCUCUCAACGCAGCUACUUUGUCUCAGUAUUAUCUCACAAAGCAAUGUUUCAUGGAGUCCAGGCAUUGUUUAGCAGCUGCUAGUGUCAUCUUUGGCCAAGCUGGACAGGUGCCAUCUGCAGAGGACAAUGAAACAGAACAAGACCAACAAGACCUUCGGCAGAGAAAAGCUGAAAUUGCAAGAUGCUGGAUUAAAUACUGUUUGAACUUGUUGCAGGGAGCUCGGAAGUUGCUUGAGGACAACAUUGGUGAACUGGAUCCAGACAGGCAGUUGGAGCUUAAAGCCCAGCAGAAAAAGGAGGAGGAUGAAAAGGAGGAAGAUAGGAAGAAGGCUGUCCUCUUUGGGACGAGUGAUCUGUGUGACUCUAUUUUGGCCAUGGAAGAGAAAGUGAGCUGUGUGUUUCCUUUGGACUUCCACGAAGCCAGAGAAAUCUUCUUAGUGGGUCAGAAUUAUGUGAAUGAAGCCAAAGAAUUCUUUCAAAUAGAUGGGUAUGUCACUGAUCACAUUGAAAUUGUUCAGGAUCACAGUGCCUUAUUCAAGGUGCUGGCUUUCUUUGAAGAAGAUUAUGAGAGGCGUUGCAAGAUGCACAAACGCAGGAUUGAUAUGCUAGAACCCAUAUAUGCAGGCUUAAACCCUCAGUAUUAUCUGCUGCUCAGUAGGCAGCUUCAAUUUGAACUAGCAGAUACCUAUUAUGAGAUGAUGGAUUUAAAAGUGGCCAUUGGUAAUAGGCUAGAGGAACUGGACUCCCACACAAUAAAGAAAAUAAAUUCUCUUGCUCAGAUGGCAAUAAAAUACUAUGAACUCUUCCUAGAUUCUCUGAGGAACCAUGAUAAGGUCUUCCCUGAAAUCCUUGAGGAGGAUGUUCUUCGCCCUGCCAUGGUGGCCAAAUUUCAUAUUGCACGCCUGUAUGGCAAGCUUAUUACUUCUGAUGGCAAGAAACAGUUGGAGAACAUGCAGACUUCACUGGAAUAUUACUCUUUUCUGGUAGACUACUGCGAGAAGCACACAGAUGCUGUCCAGGCCAUUGAAACUGAACUAGAGCUCAGUAAAGAAAUGGUUGGACUUCUCCCGACAAGAAUGGAAAGGCUCCGAGCAAAACUCUCUACUUUCACUUAACUCCUUCAGUGAAAAUGUACAAUAUUAAAAUUUUCUGUCCAAAGAGACAGUUUCCCUUAUGGCAGUUGCCCUGUAGUAAUCAGACAUCUGCUGUUGUGAGCUCCCACUGUGACCGGCAGUGUAAAACCCGUAUACAAUGGAAAACUGUCAAACAUAGUUGUUCUCCUAUAUUUCGAUAAUAAGUAUACGGUGGUCAGCUGCUGCUCUGUAUUGCUUGUUCUGUACUGAAAUGCAAACCUUCCUGCCUUAUUUUUCUCCUUCCACAGUGUGGACCAGUUUCUGACUAUAGUGCUGUUCUUCAACUGUUUCUUCUGAAAGGGAACUUCUUGAAUAGAUUUAUGCUUACAGUCCAGUCUAUUCCUGCAAAUAGGCUUAGGCACUUAGGUAUAGGCAGAAUUUUAGCUUUCCUCCUUAACUGUCUGUUAUGAAACACAUCCUUUAACAAAUCCGUAAUUUUAAUGAUGUCCUAUUUAUUUUGUAUAUGUUGUUCGUUUUUGAACCCUUUGAAAGGGGAUCAAUAAAUAAACAUGCCUGAGAGUA